UUUCUCGCGAUUACAGACGAGGAAGAAGUGUCAUGGCUGCUCACUGACCCAGCGCUGAGAAGAUGCUUGCCCUUUCAAAUUUUCGAGUGUUUCAGACAGCCCUGUCAAAACAUGGGAUCUUACAAAACAUUUCAGCUCAAUGUCUCAGAAGUCUUUGCACCACCCAGCAUGAGGACAAAUUAACCGAUAUGCCCAUUAAAAUGGAAAAUCCAUAUAAACAACCACAGAAGGGCUGCAUCUUGUGUAACGUGGAAGUGGAUUAUAAAAACAUCCAGUUGUUAUCCCAGUUUAUUUCCCCACACACUGGCAGAAUAUACGGCCGGCACAUCACAGGUUUGUGCGGUCGCAAACAGAGGGAGGUGAUGAAAGCGAUCAAGAGAGCUCGCUCAAUGGGUUUCAUGUCUGUAACACUGAAAGAUCCACAGUUUAUUAAAGACCCCAACAUUUGUGACAUCAGACACAUGGAGUAGCAAGAGAACAUGAUAAUUAUGACUUAUUAUUAACUGAAUAAAAAGCUUGUGUGUCAA